GCCCACGCCCUUAGUGCGCUCCCGUAGUCCUACCGCGGGCGUAGGGUGCAGAAAGUACCCGAACUUCCUUCGUUAAAGCUGCUGUGCGAUAGUCGAUCGAGUGAAAUAUCUUGAUCAUGUUCCUACGGGAGCGGUGCUCGUCGUCCACGUUAUAUGUUUAUUUAUUCGGUUUUAAUCGGUGAUAUGGAUAAGUUUAUUAUUAAAACGAUUCAACGGAUGAUGUGUUGUUAAAAAUGAUGAUGUGAGUCGCCGCCCGACGAAGACGACGAAGAAAGAAAAUUCAUAAGAAAAUGGAAUAAAGGAAGGAAAAGGAAGUAAGGAAUAAAGGAUAAUAAAACGAGACUCGAUCGUCAUGUCCGUCGAAUGCUCCACCACGUUUCUUCUUCUGCUUUUGCGCGAUCACGGACGGUGAUACGAGGAAGUGGAUAUAUAUAUAUAUAUGUAUAUAUAUGACUAACAGGCAUGCAGCGAGCAUGCCAUGCUCGCUUAACGGAGAGGUAUACGUGUUGCACUCCAGGCGCAACAUGCACCUUUCCGUGCACCUACCGCAUCGCCAACGAGAGGAAGAACAUAAUCAACAACUACUAUUACAACAACAACUACAACAACAACAACAACAACAACAACAACAACAACAACAACUACUACUAUUACUACUACUGCUACUACUACUAUUACUAUUACUACAACAACUGCAACAACAACAACAACAACAACAACAAGAAAAGCAACGACAAAAUCAAGAACAAGAAGAGGUACGACAAAGGUUAAAGUAGCGGCAAAAUUGGCAACAAGAAGAAAACGAGUUUUGGAUUCACAGAUUGGUUGGAAUAACGAGCAGCAGUAUCAUGUUCAAUGAAGUAUAUGCAGUUAUGAUUAUCGAAUUCGAUGCCUCUACGAAGAUUUCCAGACAUCGUGGGAUGUAGUUGACCCCCUGCUGCCUUUCCAGCCGGAAAGAGAGGACAACCGAGGGAAAGAAAAAAAGAGAGAGAGAGAGAGAGAGAGAGAAAGAGAGAGAGAGAGAGAGAGAAAGGCAGACAGACAGACAGACGGACGGAUAGACAGACAAAAGGGCAUAGAUAGAUGGAAAAAAACAAAGAAAAGGAAAGCUCAUGAAGGUGAUAAUUAAAGAAAAAGAAAUGUAUAAAAAAGAGGAGGAGAAAUAAAAUAGAAGAAUUAUAAUAGUAAGACAAGGAAAAGAAGAGAAUAGGUGAAUAUAAAGUAAAAAUAAAAAAUAAAAUCAUAUACGAGAAAAACGCGGCAAAGAAUCAAGUAUAUCGAACGAAGAAGAGGAAGAAGAGGAAGAAGAGGAAGUGCGGUGUGAGGUGGUUAACGUUUGUAAAAAAAAAAAAAAAAAAAAAAAUAAAAAGAGAAUAAAUAUUAGGUGAAUGUAUUUGUGCACACACGGAUUCCUUGAGAACGUUCGCGCUUAUGCGUGCAUGAUUAGGGGCUCGGGGCCCUCCGGGCUAAAAAAGGAGGAGGCUGGCUGGAAAGGUGGGAAGGUGGAGAAAAAUAGUGGUAAAUCCAAGCUCCACCAGGCUGGAGGGUGAAAACGUGGCACCUUCUCUUUGGGAACGACUCGAGCUGGAUCUCGAGGAAAGCAAAGCGUGCGAAAGUAACGAAAGAGGAAAAGAAAGUGGAAGAGAAAGAGGAAGUGGAAGUGGAAGUGGAAGUGGAAGUGGAAGUGGAAGUGGAAGUGGAAGUGGAAGUCGAAGAGGAGGAGGAGGAGGAGGAGGAGGAAGAGAAAGAAGCGAGGAACUAUUAGAGAAAGGUAUAAGAAGAGAAAGAGGAAGAAAAAGAGAAAGGAGAAGAAGAAGAAGAGGAAGAAGAAAAGGUGAAAGAGAAGAUAUAAGAGAAUAGAAUUUGCUACCGGUGGUUGUUAUUUGGCCAACGGAGCAUCGAGAGUAUUGAGAAUCGAAAAUCGAGGGUUGAUGCGCGUCCACGGGUGACACCGAACUCGAGUGCGGGAGAGUCCAACAGACAUGAAUAUAACUUUGGUGACGGAGAUACCCAGCAACGACACCUACAACGUUAGCAACGGUCUUGACUGCGGCGGGGAGCCAUAUCAGUAUGGGAUAUUGGAAAGAGUUGGGAUAGUGAUUGUAGCGAUCAUCCUGAGUCUCGUUACGGUGAUCGGCAACAUUAUGGUUAUGAUAUCAUUUAAGAUCGACAAGCAAUUACAAACUAUCUCGAAUUACUUUCUAUUCAGUCUCGCGGUAGCCGAUUUCGCGAUAGGUCUGAUAUCUAUGCCAUUAUUUACGGUAUAUACUGUGUUAGGUUAUUGGCCAUUGGGCCCGUAUGUUUGCGACACGUGGCUCGCCCUCGAUUAUCUCGCGAGCAACGCGUCGGUUCUAAAUCUUUUAAUCAUCAGUUUCGAUAGAUAUUUCUCGGUAACGAGACCGCUCACAUACAGGGCAAGAAGGACGACUGUAAAGGCUGCCAUUAUGAUAGGAUGCGCGUGGGGUAUCUCGUUACUUCUUUGGCCGCCUUGGAUUUACGCUUGGCCUUACAUCGAAGGCCAAAGAACUGUGCCAAUCAAUGCCUGCUAUAUUCAGUUCAUCGAAACGAAUCAUUACAUCACAGUCGGCACCGCGAUAGCUGCAUUCUAUGUGCCAGUAACCGUAAUGAUUAUACUUUAUUGGCGAAUAUGGAAGGAAACGGAAAAACGACAAAGGGAUCUGCCGAAUCUACAAGCCGGAAAACAGGAUGCAAGCAAACGCAGUAACUCCAGGUUUGACGAGGCCUUAGAUAUGGACGAUUGCAAGAGACCUCGAAGUGAGUCUAGUAUAGGUGCUGAUGACGUACACGCUCAACAUCUCGCUGCUUCUUACAUCGAGAAACAUUAUCCUGAAUACGCUGGUAAGCACAGGCCGUUUUCGUGGACGUGGCUAAAACUAUGGUGCAUCGCGUGGUGGCACAGUGGUCGCGAAGACGAAGAGGAUGACGAGGAGGUUUGUGGACCGGAAAGCAGUCGUACAGUUCAUGGUUACGAGGACACACUUACGCCAUUAUCCGCGGAAACACCAUUGACAAGCACAGUCUCGAGAUGUGAUUCCCUCAGUGCCAUGCAUUCGACGGCAUUGACCAUCGAAAAGACGAUUGGCACUGGAGAACACGUAGAAUCAAAAAAGCCUGCUCGAUCUGGCGAACUUUCCACGAAAAGCAUCUCUAGCGACUCCGUCUACACGAUCGUGAUAAAUCUUCCAACGAGGGAGAGCAACGGUGGCAGCAAGUACAGCGAAGUACGGCCGAGUAUAAAAAUGUAUCACGAGGAAGCGGUGACCUUUCAGUUACACGGUACGAUAGAAGACGAGGAGACUUUAGCAAGUCCGUCAUCUAUGAUCAGGCGACCUUCACAAAUGCCGGAUAUAAGGAUACCAUUGAACGCAAAGAAUAUACCGAAGACAUUACCUAGUAGCAAGGGUAUACUUAACAAGGAUAAACCUAAUCAAAAGAAGAAGAAGAAGAUACAGGAAAAGAAGGCCGAUAGUAAAGCAGCUAAAACAUUAUCUGCUAUUUUAUUGGCGUUCAUCAUAACAUGGACACCAUAUAACAUUCUCGUUCUCCUUAAAUCUAUCACCGCCUGCACCUGGUACAUACCCCAACAAUUGUGGGACUUUGUCUAUUACCUUUGCUACAUCAACAGUACUGUGAAUCCAAUGUGUUAUGCUCUGUGCAAUGCGGCCUUCAGAAGGACCUAUAUGAGAAUCCUUGAGUGCAAGUGGCACAGUAGAAACAGAACCGCGGUCGAUAGAGGAUGAUGUCAGUAAAUACGAGUGCUUCGAUAAAACAAAACGAACAAAAGAAAAAAAAAAAAAGAAAAAAAAAGAGAGAGAGAGAGAGAAGAAAGGGGAAAAAGAAAACCCGCAACCCAUCCCUAAGUACUUCUUCUCUCUCAAAACCUAUUGUCCUUAAUAUCCACUCCGACACUUAUUUCCUUUCGCCGACAAAGGGAAAAAGAGUUUACAUCGAAGCCUCGUACCGUUCUCUUAUUACUUUUAACCCUUCGCAAUCCACACCCAAUCCCUUCGAUCCCCAUAACCUACCUCUUCUUCCCCACUCCCCACCACCACUCCCCUUGUACCCCAAAAUAACCAGUCCGCGAAUCUUCUUUUUUCUAAUCGUGUUGUUUCUCUUCGAGCGCACGAAUCGAACGAGGAAAUCGAGCUGCUUACUGUUGUUGCUGUUGCUGCUGUUGCCAUUGCAGCAGCUGCAAUUGCUACUUUUGCUCCUGCUAUUCAAUCUUUCGGAGUCCUAACGGAUAUUUAACAAUUGUAAAACUUGAAGAAUGUAGGAAAGGAACGAAGGAGGAAAACAAAGAAUAAAAAAAACAAGAAAAAAGAAAAGUAAACAAGUAAAAUAGAGGAAGAAGAAGAAAUCGUAUAAUACGACGAGAUAUACUCGUCGAACUUAUCAAUUUUUUCUUUUAAACGAAGAACGAUCGAACUUUAGAAAAUAUGAAAAUUUGUUAAAAGUAAAAACUCAUUUCGUUCCUUUUUCGUCGUUAUACAUCUAUCUAUUCAUCUAUCUCUAUUUAUUAAUUCUUAAUGGACUCCUAAAAGAAAAAUUUGAGAAUAACGAGGAAGAAUUAAUUGAGGCAAUCAAUACGCAGCACGAUUUCCGAGUUUUGAAAGUAACGCUAAUCGUGGAUACUGCCAUAUGGACAUAAACGUGUUUUAUUAGUACCUCCUUGUCCUUGUGCAAGGUAUUCGGAUUAUUAAACGUAAACACAGACACACACACACACACACACACAUAUGUACACGUACACUUACAUACACACACACGCGUACAUUAACAAAGAGACAUGUGUAAUUAAUACAAAUUAAUCCACGUAUGGAUUAACGCAAAAACGUUCAGAGACACACCCACGUGAAACGUAACACACUUAUACAUAAGUAAUAUACAUACAUACAUACGUACAUACAGGUACUGAUUUCAUUAAAUCAGACCGAAACAUCCCGCAAAUCUUAGCCGGUUUUUCUUUACAAAUCGAGAAG